AUGAGGAAGACGUUUGUGAGUGACGACUCCAUGAUCAUCAAUAUUUACAUCAGGAAAAAUAGCGAAGGACGGGGCCACGUUAUGCCCCGAGAAUUUAAGUGUGUGUUCCGAGACUCUUUUAAGGUUUUUGCUUACAAUGGAUUCCCAAAACCUCUUGGGGCAGCACAAUGUCUUGCUGGAGUGAUGUUUUUCAGUCUUGGUCUGAUAUAUCGUCCCAUGCUACAUGCUGACAUUUUUAUCAUUUUACCAAGCAUUUCGUUUGUGCUUUGUGGGAUGUUGACCUAUGCGGCGGGAAGUGUUCCCAACAUGCGUGUGGUAAGGGGAAAAUGUUGCUUUGGAUGGCUGAGAUGUUUUUUUUUCUCAGAGUUUGUGGAUUUGAGUAUUUUUUAUUGCACUUGCCAGACCAAGGUGUCAUUCUGUCUGAACGUCAUCAGCUUUCUGGAGUCCGCUGUGUUACUUUGUCUCUGUUUGCUCGACCUCGCCUUGAAUUGGAGGGAUGUCGAGCACGAGUCCAAGCUGCAAAUGGGAAUCGGGGUGACAGCUUCUGUCCUGCUUUUGGUGGAAAGCUUAAUUGCCUUAUUUCUGAUCUACUGGGAGAGUAAAGCAGUGUGCAGGCAAUAUUUCAAUUCGCUGCCCAUUAUUCAGCUGAGACAGGAGGAGGACAAACAUGAUUCAACAAAACAACCCGACAAGAUCAACUGACUGCUUUUUAGUCAUUAUUAGCACAUCGAAUUUGCUUCCCUAGCAGCACCUCAGAAGUUUACAUUAUGCAAUAAAAUGUAGUUUUAACAGCA